CACGGCGCUCGGGUCCGCAGUGCACCGAUCGCGCGGGACCGAGCCGGCUGGCACCCCCGGAGCGCGGAGCCGCAACCCUCCCCGGCUGCCUUUGUCUGAGAGCCGCGGGGCCAGGAAGCGCCGCUCUCCGGAGCCGGGGACGCGGCCGCCGCAGACGGUGACAGCUCCACCCUCCCUCGGCCCUCCCGGGCGGAGGGGCGACCGGGCCGGGCCCCUGAUCGCCCGCGCCUGCAAGUCUGUGCACGAGGACCGAUGCCCCCGCAGCAGGGGGACCCCGCGUUCUCCGGCCGCUGCGAGGCGCCGCCCGUGCCGCCCCGCCGGGAGCGCGGGGGACGCGGGGCGCGCGGAGUCGGGGCGCCGGGGGGCCGGGGGCGCGCGGCCGGCGCGGAGGGGCGCGGCGUCAAGUGCGUGCUGGUCGGCGACGGCGCGGUGGGCAAAACCAGCCUGGUGGUGAGCUACACCACCAACGGCUACCCCACCGAGUACAUCCCCACCGCCUUCGACAACUUCUCGGCUGUGGUGUCCGUGGAUGGGCGACCUGUGAGACUCCAGCUCUGUGACACCGCUGGUCAGGAUGAGUUUGACAAGCUGAGGCCUCUGUGCUACACCAACACAGACAUCUUCCUGCUGUGCUUCAGUGUUGUGAGCCCCUCGUCCUUCCAAAACGUCAGUGAGAAAUGGGUGCCAGAGAUCCGCUGCCACUGUCCCAAAGCCCCCAUCAUUCUAGUCGGAACACAGUCGGACCUCAGAGAAGAUGUCAAAGUCCUCAUUGAGCUGGACAAGUGCAAGGAGAAGCCAGUGCCGGAGGAGGCAGCUAAGCUGUGUGCCGAGGAAAUCAAAGCCGCCUCCUACAUUGAGUGCUCCGCUUUGACUCAGAAAAACCUCAAAGAGGUAUUUGACGCGGCCAUUGUUGCUGGGAUUCAGUACUCAGACUCGCAGCAGCAGCCAAAGAAGUCUAAAAGUAGGACUCCGGACAAAGUGAAAAACCUUUCCAAGUCCUGGUGGAAGAAGUACUGCUGCUUUGUAUGAUGCCGCCAGACACCCAGAAAGGCUAUUUUCAGAUGAAAUCCACAUUAGAAGCUAUAUUAGCUGAAAUAACUCAUACUGUGUAGAACCAGGAGAGAAUGAGAGAAAGAGAGAGAGAAGUGUGUGUGUGUGUGUGUGUGUGUGUGUGUGUGUGUGUGUGUGUGUUCUCAGAGUUCUCAAUUUAUGUCUUCUUCCUUGCCUUUACUUUUCCCGUUCGCUUGAACUUAGGGGAUGACACACUUAUGCAAGAUGUUUUUGAAGUAAGUUAAGACUUUUUCAUAACUCUGGAAUUUAGUGCUUUAGAACUCUGGAUUAAUUUAUAUAUAAUAUGAAAAAGGCACCUCAGAAGUGUAUGUCACUAGAAUGUCUAGAACAGCAAAGGUGGGGUUGUCUGGCUAACCCUCUGUUAAUUAAGGGCUACUUAAUGUACAGAGCAUUGCGCACAUGGAUCAGCCAUACUAAUUACAGCUGGUAACUUUGAAACACUAUACAAACCAUAUCUUUUCCUUUGAGAACAAAAGUAGGAGGAAAAAAAAGCAUGAGACCUCUGCCUGACAAAAUCUUAGUCACUUCUGUCAUUUCAUAAUAUCCAGUUCCUUAAGAUUUAAAAACAAGCAACAAAAACAUCCUACUGUGUAGACCAAAAAGGAGACAUGUCCAUUGUUGUUUUUUUCUCCUGAAUCCAGCUUGUGCUGCUAUUGUGUGAACAUAAUCAAAAUUAGGCACAGUGUGGAGGAAAGCUAGUGGGGUCCCAUAUUUCCUUUAGUGGAGAUCGGAAUGUGUUGUUUGCUUUCACCACUGCAACAGGUGCAGCGAGCUGCCUAACUCCCAGGUGACUCAAGCACUGAGGUCCAUCUGUUGGGAGUAUCUAAAACUUUGUUACAUUGUGCCAGAAAGUGAGCAUCCUUGAAAGACCAGUAGCAAGUAUUUCUGGGACAUGGGCAUCUUCUUUGUUAUGUCAGACAGAAUGUGCUUUCAACACACACACACACACACACAGGCAUGGAUGUGUGCAAGUCUAUGCUGCUGAUGCAGCUCACAAAUAAGAACAGGAAAUAAGCUGGGAAGAGUGUAGCCGUAGAACAGAUAUUAAGCAGCUCGGUUUCUUCUUGCUAAACAUUUUUAUUAUACCGUAGAUAUGAUUUUAAGUACAUCUGAAUUUACAUAUUUUUGAGGCCAUUUUAAUAAGUACAAUGAACAUCUCUUGAAUCCUGCUAGACCAGCCAAUUCGGUUUGUUGGUGGCUCUCAGGGCAGUGCCAGCAGAGAAUGCUGGGUGCCAAGAGGCUGACCACAUACACACCUUGACCAUGACCCCCACUUUGAAGAGCCUUUUUACUGUGGACAGUCAGAAAACUGUGACUACAAAUCAUUCCUGAAGGUAGAAGGUUUUAGGGCUGGAUCAUGAGGACAAAAGAGUGGGUGAUCUUAUCGAGGACUGCUUCUGAGUUGCCACAAGGUAAUCAGAGUAAGUUACAAUGUCAGGAUUGCUGGGAGCACAGCAGAAUCGCCAAAGUCAUUGCCAUAACUCGCUAAGAAAAUCUCAGUAGAGCCAGUGGGUAGAAGAGCUUUUAAUCUCUGUGCUUUUGUGUUGCCUUUUCUUUAAUAUUUAAAAAAAAAUCAAGUUGUGAUUUUCAAUAGAAAAAAAUGAACAAUCAUCUAGAUUAGGGGUUUCUUUUAUUUCUGUUAGUAAAUGAAACAACUUUAUUUUAAAAAAGGUUAGCCUUCAAACCAUCAAAAUACAGUUUGCUAGUGAUUUUCCGGCACAUUGAAGUAUAUACCAUGAUUUCAUGAAGCAUUUAGUUAUGCCCUGAGUGAACAGAAUUACUCAACUUGCAGUGCCUGGUUUGUCUAUGUGUGGAAAGCUAAGCUUCCUACCCAGGCUGUGGGCAGAAGUGAGGGAGGAGGGAAUGACUUCUCCUAAAACUAAGUAAAUCCUAAAUAUUGUAUCAAAGGUUGAUGUCCUGGAGUACAAGGCAAAUUCACUUUUGAAGGUCAGACACAAAAUUUGAAAGCAGUUGUACGUAUGGUGAAGGGGGCCACACUCGGUCCUCCCAGGGCAGGCUGGUUGGCCACCUCUGCCUUUAGGCCACAGGUGGGCAAUAGUGAGGGACACUAUUCUGAAAGCUUUACUCAAGCAACUUUCUUAUAUAUCCUGGUCCAUUAGUGCUAAAAAAUCCAGAGGGGUUAGCAUUAAAUACAACUAUUGUUCACCGCGUUGCUCCGAUUUUUAGAAUAGCAAAGGUACUUGAGCUUUCCCUUCUGGUUUUGUUUGUUAACUUCCAUAUGGGGAUUGGAGCCGAACAUCUAUGAAGUGUGUGCUUGAGUUAAAUAUGAACUUGGCUUACCUCAAAGCUCAAAACCUGUUCAACUUGCGGCUUGUUACUGCAGAAACUGUUGUGUGAAAGAAUUGUUCUUUGGAGAAUACCAUCUCAGCUUAACUCGAUGGUCAAUGUCAUAACUGAAAAAGCUGUUAUCUCCUUUCACCAUGUAUGUAGAAGUGCAUCUCUUAGCCUUGCUGUCUGCCUGAUAGGCCUGAGAGCCUUUGCCCAGGUAAUACACAAGCCAAAAUGAGGACAGCCUUCUCUCCAGACUCUUGUAACCUGGUGGCCUUACCAAGUUGUACUUUGUUUUUUAAACUUACAUAAUGUUGCGCAAAAUGUUGUACUUCAAAUGCUAUAAUGUUAUAAAUGAAGUGAUAUGAAAUAAAUUCUCACUGAUGGCUGUA